ACCACUCAACCACCAGAAAGGAAACUUAACCCUAUCUAUCACCACAGAGUUUAAUAAUACAUAACCUUCGGCGCAUACGAAUGAAAUAUAAGCAUAACUAGCACCUGUUCUUGCCACGCCCACCUGUUCGUGAGAAAGUAAUAAAAACUGGACGCGGCCUGGCUAACACUCCUGCCUGUUUCCUGCCGGUUGCCUGCUUGACAACACCAGUCCUCAACCAGCCGUUAGGAAGGAGUCACCAUGGCCCCCACACUGUACCUUUUCAUGCCCUCCGCCUACUGCCGCUCCGUGCUACUGGCGGCGAAGGCGUUGGACGUGGAGCUGGACGUGAAGACGGUCAACCUGAUGGAGAAGGAACAAUUAAAGCCGGAGUUCCUGGCCAUCAACCCCCAACACACCGUCCCUACAUUCGUGGACGGCGACCUGGUGCUGACGGAGAGCCGCGCCAUACUGACCUACCUGUCGUCCCGCUACGGCAAGGACGACUCCCUCUACCCGAAGGACGUGAUCACCAGGGCCAAGAUCGACGGCCUCCUAUACUUCGACUGCUCCACCCUCACCAUCAAGUGGCGCCUCGUGGUGCACCCUGUCAUGCGUUCCACGGCCGCUAAACCCGACGAGGAGGCCGUGAAGAACCUGGAGGAAGCUGUGGGCUGGCUGGACGGGAAGAUCGCGAAGCACCCGGACCUCUACCUCGCCGGGACGUCUCAGCCCACCGUGGCCGACCUCGCUAUCGUUGCCUGGGUCUCCACGUACGAGGCCGCGGGUUUCGAUGUGUCCCAGCACCCGCACGUGGCCGCCUGGCUCGCCCGCUGCAAGGAAAGCAUUAAGGGCUACAAGGAACUGAACGAGCCCGGUGCCAAGAAGUUCGGGGAGAUUUUCAAAGGGUUGAUGAAGUCCAGGAGCUGAUGUGUGGGUGUGUGAUGGUGGCGGCGGUGGUGGUGAAAUUAGUCUAAAAUGCGGUUCUUAGAAAAUGGAAGUUAGAGAAGGUGUCUAUUUGGGGUACUUCUCCUAUAAUUCCUUCCCCUUCUGUCUCUCUCCGGCAUAUGACCACAGAUGUUGCGCCGACUAAACGAAACUUUCCAACUUUCUAUUUGAGGUAAGGCAGUCUAAAUGAAGCUAUGCUGUUAAAUUAAUGAUGAAAUUUUGCUUAGUUUCAAAUACUGCUUGAUGCUGAUGGUUGAUAAAUAGAACAAGAUAUAUCGCUGACUAGUAAUCUUAUAUAAUCCCAAAUAUUCCCAUAGGUCUUUAUUAUAAUAACUGGCAUCAAGUAUUUAGAAAAGAAGUCUAUCAAUGGUAAAAAAGAGCUUAGUAGUGUUGGAUAAAUGCAGCUACAUGUUCUAAAUAUGAUUUUUAUUGUUUUGGCGUUUGUUUUCUUGUUAUGAAAUCUGAAAAAAAGCUGUUCUGUUAA